AUGUUGGGACUACCUACCUCGGUUGACAACGGCAAGGCUCUGAUGGAUGCCUACAGAAACACCAAGCACACUGUUUUCUUUUUGUUCUUUCCUGCCAGCGACUCGGGCAGUUUCCAUGACUGUGCUAAUUCAGCAUCGGAUGGCUCUGCACAUCACUCUUGCCGUUCCGAGAUACCAAGCACGUGCGAAACUCUUUCGACCACCUUGAGCCAGUCAUAUUCGGCAAAGAUGAUCAAGAGAUGGACUACUACUGUGGACCGGGAGCUCCUGCGUCACGCCGCUGUUGAACACUACAUGGGACACUGA